AUGAGUGUUCUGCCUAAAGUUUGGAAGAGAGUUAUGGUCACUUUCUUGUGUGCUUUUGUUUGUUUCUUCAUCUACAACCUUGUUGCCUUCUUUGCCCUAGUUAUAGUGUCAAUAUGGGCUUUCGGCAUGCAGGGAGAAAAUGAUGGUCUUGUUAAGUUUGUUCUCGUGAUCAUGGCGAUUGUUUAUGUCCUUGGAUCCGUGUACCUUUCAGUUAUAUGGCAUUUAGCUAGUGUAGUAACUGUGUUGGAGGAUUCAUAUGGGGUGAAAGCCAUGCUUAAAAGCAAGGAAUUGUUAAAGGGGAAGAUGACAAUAGCCUUAGUUUUCUUUUUCAAGUUCAAUCUUUCACUUGGUAUCCUAAACUUUAUUUUCAAGAAGUUUGUGGUACAUGGACAUGGGAAGCAUAUGCAUCUAGGGAUGUUGUAUAGGACAGGAUUUGGGUUGCUUUGUCUUCUUAUGAUGUUCAAGUUGGUGUUACUUGGUUUGGUGAUACAAACAAUUAUUUACUUUGUUUGCAAGUCCUAUCACCAUGAGAACAUUGACAAAUCUGCACUUUCUGAUCAUCUUGAAGUUUAUUUGGGUGAGUAUGAACCUUUGAAGUCCAAAGAUGUUCAAAUGGAGGGUUAUGAAAGUUCAUCUUCUGUUCCUUCAUCUUCUGUUCCUUCACAGAACAAGGGGAAAAUGGAACUUCUUUCUACUCAGAGAUUAGCCCCAUUUUUUGAUUCUUAUGCUUGUUCUUUUCUUCCUUUCUCUCUUAUUUUUUACCUGAUG